AAGAGCUUCACCUGUCCGCCACGGCCUGGCCGCGACGCGCGGCCCGGAAGCGGAAGCGGAAGCGGAGCGGGAGGGGCGGGCGGCCGGAAGCGGCGGCUGAGGGAGGAUGCCGCUGCCCGUCCAGGUCUUUAACCUGCAGUUUGCCUGAGGGGUGAUCUAGACAAUCAAAAUUUCCUCUGCUCCCUCCCUCCCUUUCCUUCAUGGAAAGGUUAUUAAACUAGGAAACAAACAUUUUUAUGCUUCAUUUAGUUUUACUUCAGAUUUUGGGAGAUUACAGUGUUAAAGUAUGUAUUUGAUAUGUACCAGUUUGUGAAAGAAUAAGACCCCCAGACUGUGGGGUGCAGUGGAACCCAUGCAGAUUGACGUAGAUCCACAAGAAGAUCAGCAAAAUUCACCUGAUAUCAACUAUGUGGUGGAGAACCCCACGCUGGAUUUGGAGCAAUAUGCGUCCAGCUACAGUGGGCUGAUGCGAAUCGAGCGGCUGCAGUUCAUUGCUGAUCACUGCCCACAGCUGCGGGUGGAAGCUCUCAAGAUGGCUCUGUCAUUUGUCCAGAGAACUUUCAAUGUUGAUGUGUAUGAAGAAAUUCACAGAAAGCUGUCUGAGGCCACCAGAGAACUGCAAAAUACACCUGAUGCUGUCCCUGAUAGUGGAAUUGAACCCCCUCCUCUUGAUACAGCUUGGGUUGAAGCUACACGCAAAAAAGCUCUUCUUAAACUGGAGAAACUCGAUACAGAUCUGAAAAAUUACAAAGGGAACUCCAUCAAGGAGAGUAUCAGGAGAGGUCAUGAUGAUUUAGGUGAUCACUACCUGGACUGUGGAGACCUCAGCAAUGCUCUUAAGUGUUACUCGCGAGCCCGUGAUUACUGCACCAGUGCUAAACAUGUCAUCAACAUGUGUCUCAAUGUUAUCAAGGUCAGUGUCUACCUCCAGAACUGGUCUCAUGUUCUGAGCUAUGUAAGCAAGGCUGAGUCUACGCCGGAAAUUGCAGAACAAAGAGGAGAAAGAGAUAGCCAGACACAAGCAAUUCUCACCAAACUGAAAUGUGCAGCAGGCUUGGCUGAACUAGCUGCCCGGAAGUACAAACAGGCAGCAAAGUGCUUCUUGUUGGCAUCAUUUGAUCAUUGUGAUUUCCCUGAGCUGUUAUCUCCCAGCAAUGUGGCUGUGUAUGGUGGGCUCUGUGCCCUUGCUACAUUUGACCGUCAGGAACUGCAACGAAAUGUUAUCUCCAGUAGCUCCUUCAAAUUGUUUCUGGAACUGGAGCCACAGGUUCGUGACAUCAUCUUCAAGUUUUAUGAAUCUAAAUAUGCUUCAUGCCUGAAAAUGCUGGAUGAGAUGAAGGACAACCUGCUGCUAGAUAUGUACCUUGCACCUCAUGUCAGGACACUUUAUACCCAGAUUCGGAAUCGUGCCCUUAUCCAGUACUUCAGUCCCUAUGUGUCGGCAGACAUGCGCAAGAUGGCCACUGCUUUUAACACCACAGUGGCUGCUCUGGAAGAUGAACUCACUCAGCUGAUCUUGGAGGGACUGAUCAAUGCCAGAAUAGACUCGCACAGUAAGAUUCUGUAUGCUCGAGAUGUAGAUCAGCGCAGCACAACUUUUGAGAAGUCUUUACUAAUGGGCAAAGAGUUCCAGCGCCGUGCCAAAGCGAUGAUCCUGCGAGCCGCAGUGCUGCGCAACCAGAUACACGUCAAGUCUCCUCCGAGGGAAGGUAGCCAAGGGGAGCUCACUCCAGCUAACAGCCAAUCCAGAAUGAGCACCAACAUGUGAAAAACUUCGUGCACUACCAAAAGAAAUGGUCCCUCAGGACUGUACCCAGUGUCUCACCCACUAACUGCUGAGCUUCACAAACUGUCCCUUAUCUCCCUCACUUCUUACUCGGAUUGAGAGAGUCAGGGUUGGUGGUGGAUAAUAUGAAUAUUCCAGUAACUUCAAUUCUCCUUGAAAAGAAAUUCUUUUUAAAAACAGCAUCCCUGCAAAUGGGUCAUCAUUUCAGUUUUGGUAGAAAAUCUUCAUUCUCCUUCCACCACUCCAUAAAGAGCUGUCUGGUUAUUCAUACAGAUGCUGAGUUGAGAGUUUUUCAGCUGCUAUUAGUUUUCUUGUUUCAAAGCUGCAAACGUAGUUAAUUGAAUGGACAGGCAUGAUAUAAAAUUAAUAUUGCUGGCCUGAAAGUAUUGUCUUGAUUUUGAGCAAUGCUGAGCUUUCUGUUUUCCAAAUAAACUUGCAAGUGCAUUGCUCUCAAUUAUGGAACUAGAGUUCUGAUGGGGGAGGAGAUUUCCUUUGAGAAACUCUUGGAGAAUUUUCACCUGUACCAGAAAACAUGGCAUUAUUUCCGUGCAUUCAGUCACAGGCCUUUAUUUAAGGGUUUUAUGUUUACCUGCAGCCAGGUUCUCUCUCUCUCUCUGGUCUCUUAUUUUCAAAGAGCUGUUUCCUGAUGUGUUUCUCUCUUGUGUGUGACCUGGCUUUGGGGUCCAGUGUUAUCAUAGCAGUAAAUCUCUACUUCAUGCAAAUACUGCUUGCCCAGUCUUACUGCCAUAGCGUGUGAUGAUUUCUCCACAUGUGCAACAGUUGUUUUGAGUAGAAUGGAUAAAUGCCAUAAAACACCACUCAAGUCUUGUGGAGGCGCUAAGAAGAGUCAGUUUAGGUGCCCACUCUCCAGGUGCAUUUAUUCUGCUCUUCCUUUUGUAAAAGGGUUAAAGGUAGCAGCCCUGUGUGUGUGUGUGUGUGUGUGUGUGUGUGUGUGUAUCUGUUCUUCCUGUGUUGAUGAAAGGAGAUAUGCACUGAAUUUUCUGAAGUCACUGCAGGCUUGUAUUCAUGUAAUCCAUAAGGCAAGCCUAGAAUUUUGAUCCAUCCCUGACUGGUCUGGCAACUGACUACAGAUGUUACUUUUAAUGUGUUCAUGCUUUUUUAAAAAAAUUAAGUUGUUAUAUCUAGUGCAUUAAAUAGCAGGAUUAAAAAGCUUCUGAGUGGAGUUUUGUGUUAAAGUUGGGGCUUAGUUAUUUUGAUCUCAAGCCAUUGAUUUUUUGCUAAGCUUUGUGGUGUUUCGUAGAUGAUUGUGUUUUGCUUUCUGAUCUGGCUGGAGAUGUCGCUUGAGUGAGCUGUGAAGAAAGUGCACUUUGAAGGAACAUUCAAACAACAAAAUUCCUGUAGCAACAGUGGGCUCUUCUGGCUUCCCAUGAUUUUUAUGACUUAGGCGCUGAAAAUGGAAGCAGUAGUUUCUGUGAGGUCUUUGGUUACAUUUGGCAUGGAAAAAUUCUCCCAUUUUUGAGGGAAGAACUUAGUGUCAAGCAUCACUGAUGGCCAGUGUAGUGAGAAAGGCAAGUUGAGCUCUUUGGGUAAACUGAUGUACAUCUUUAUGAGAAAUGCAGGAAAAGCACUGUUAUGAUUUCUGUUCAUGUUGAAGGAAAGAUUUCAGUCCUAAAAUGCUACUUAAACAUUCUUGCUUUCUUCCCCAAAUGGGACUAUUGUAAGGGAAAGAUCUUACACUCUGCUCUUUAGAAGAUGGUUUUGCAUCCCAGUGAAGUGCACCAUGCCAGGUGGCUGUCUGUACUUCCACUUUCAGGAUUUUGUUGAUUCAUCUCUGUCCCUUGCUGGAGGAUUUCUGCUGCAGGGCUCCUCAGUGGUCGGUGAUAUCUUGAGCUGACUGGAGUCUCUGUUCUUUCGUCGCUCAGCAGCGGUGGCCCCACAAGGGGCCCACAAGGUGGCAGCAGCAGUUCCAGCUCUGGCUGUGGCCCGAGGCCAUUGCGUAGCUUUAGCAGAGGUGGUAAGUUUUCAUCGCCCCACACAAAAAUGCUUGCAGCCUCUUUAGGAGAGAUUGAGCAUUCUUCUUUUAUUGCAUUGGCAUCGUGGGUGCUUUGUGCAGAAUUACUGGCAUGUAACUCUCUCCUUUAGCCUAUAAAAGAAGCUGCUGUCGCUUUAGGAUAUUGUAGAUUGGAGUCAGGGCUGUCUAUGCACGUUUCUUCUGCCUCAGUCCUAACUGCCUGCAAGUCCCAAGCCCCACAGAAUACAACACAGUGUGGAUAUAGUUCUAGGUAAAUUGCAUCCAUAAGCAGUAUCCUGUAGUAAAAAUAAUUCUUAACUUAAAUUUCUAUGUAACUUCUCAUGUAAUAAAGGGACCCACAUAAAAUGAAUUUUCAGUGAUUCCCUGUGACCACCAAGGUCAUUCAAUGGAUGAAGUUUUGUGGAAUGUGUAGGAUGUUGGGAUGUCUGAGAUAUGAUCAGAGGGGCUUAUUCGUAUGGAUUUAAUGGACUUGUGCAGCACCUUUUUGUUAAGGAAAUGUCAGCAGCAGGCCAUGACAGGUUCCUCAUGCAGCGUAAAUCCUGUUUUCUUUACAUGACCUUGCUAGGAAUAAUAGUUGGAAAGGAAAAUAGUUGGAAAGAAUUUUGUUCUUUUGGCAAAAGCAGUUUUAAUUAGCACAAUCAUUCUUAGUGGUAAUGUAGAAGCUGCCGUUGUGAGAUUUGUGUUAGAGUAGCUGGGGGUGACUGGUUAUUAUCUACCCAGAACUUGUCCAGCAGUGGUCUGUGUUGCCAAGUUUUGCAGGGGGAGGUCUGUUAGAGGUGAUUAUGGACCAUGGCUGGUGCAGCAUCAUUUGUGAGCUGCUUUUGGCUGAAAGGCAUCAGUGGAUGAGGAAAAAAAUAACAGAGCUCAGUCUUUGACCCAUGCCAUGUGAGUAUGAUCUGUACAUCUCUCCUGGGACUCUGCAGCAAUGGUCUCAGCAUUGUUCCAUCCUCUGGAUAGCUCCCAAAACUGCCACUGAACAAGGUAUUAUUUCUGAUACAUGCAAUGCAAUAUAAACUUAAAAAAAAAAAAAAAAAAAGAGGAAA